AUGAAGCCCCUGCAGAAGCUUCUGCUCUCCCUCCUGCUGGUGACGUGCCCCCCAGCCACAGCUGGUUAUUCCUGGAAUCGGAGGCAGGGAGGAGGUGCCACCAAGCCCCGCUCAUCCUACAUGGCCUAUCUGCAAGGAAAGAACAACCAAUUCUGUGGAGGCUUCCUGGUGGCCCCAAACUGGGUCAUGACAGCAGCUCAGUGCUUGAACCACAAACCUCUGACCGUCAUCCUUGGGGCCCAUGCAAUCCGGAGGAGAGAGGAAAGCUGGCAAACGUUUGAAGUCCAGGAGUAUCGCUCCUACCCAGGCUUCACAACUCCUGAAAAGGGAAAGGACAUUCUCUUGCUGAAGCUGGAAGGCAAUGCCACCACCAACAGCCACGUCAGUACCAUUCUCUUUGAAAAAUCAAAAGUCCCUAGUGGGGCAAAUUGCUGCGCAACUGGCUGGGGCUACAAAACACCUGACCGCACGUUACAUGAAGCCACUGUCACCAUCAUCAGACCAAGGGACUGCCUCACCCACUACCCUGGACUUGCUGACAACUUGAGUUGCGGCCAGUCUUCGUGGGUACCUGGAAAGGGUGACGCCGGGGAUCCACUCAUCUGCAACAACAAGGCCUACGGCAUCUUCUCCUACAGGGAUAACAACGGGCCUGGUUUCUACACACGCAUCGCUCCUUACCUUCCCUGGAUCAACACUGUCAUUAAGUCAGUGUGA